AUGGCUUCAAUUUCUUCAUUCUUCUCCUCUUCCUUUAUUCUCAAGCGAAUCGUAACCCCAAACUCCUUCCUCGUCACUGCAAAAUCUCCAUCCUCCUUCUCCAAUCUGCCUACAAAGCCACUGCGGCCUUCACCGGUGGCACUGUCUCUCCCAGGCGGGUCACGGGCGGAGAUUCCUUCCGCGCCUAGAACUGAGCCUCCGCGUUUUCCCAAAGAGAUGCCUGUCGGUCCGAGCCAGGAUCCGGCAGAAACUGAUGCCGGAGUUCCGCCCGAGAUAAUGGCGGAUCCUCCUCCGACGAAUCCUGUGCCAAGUGAUCCGAAUCCGACACCGAAACCAGAGGGUCCGAAGCCUCCGCUGUCGCCGCCGGGGCCUGAAUUCCCUAUUCCCAAGCCUGAAGUUGUGCCGCCGCAGCCGCCUGAUGUUGUCCCGCCACGGCCGCCGGGACCGGAGAUCAUUCCACCACCUUCGAUCCCGCCGGAUAUUUCGCCGCCUCCGACCCCAGAAGGGCCUCAAAUAAUAGUGUAG